CCGAUAUUCUGAAGCAUGGCUACUGGACUGAUUCAUUUCCCAGCCUGCAGUUUGUGCUUCAAGGACGAAGAUCCAGUGCCUGCAUAUACUGGUCGAAGAUGGAGAGCUCAGCAGCGCCUGGAGGCUCUUCAGCAGCUUGCUGUAGGUCAGUCUUCUCUUCAGAUACCUCAGAUUGUGUAUGAAGAUCCUGAAGUUGAAGGAAGGAAUCGCUACAAAUAUUUUGCACGACCUGUCAAGUCUUCUAAGCUGCCUCCAACUGGUGUUCUAGAAGCUGUUGCCAGUACAGAGACAAAGCCGAGUGUCCAGUCAGCUGCAAGAGACAGACGGGUCUUUGUCCCCAUGUUCCGAACUCUGGGAACACAGACAGAUUACAGGGAUGGUGAAGCACAGACAGAUCCCUACUCCCCUGAAUAUAUAGUUCGCAGUGGCUCAGUCCCUGAAAUUCUGACACUGGCUAUACUCACUUGGGGUCGGGGGCUGCCAGCAGGACAAGCUGAGAUGGAGAUUAUUGACCGCAUCCGGGAAAAACGUGCUUGGGAAGCAGCUCUGCCACCCAUGGACAGUCCCUCAAAUGUCGCAAAGAGGUUGAAGAUGAUGGAGGCUAUGGAAAGGAAGGAGUGGGCCUAUAGAGAAGAGGAAAUAGAUAAGUUGCAGAAGGUUAAAAUGGAACUCUUUAAGAAGCUGCUGUGGAGGCGAGAGGAGAAUCAAAAUGAGCUGAAUGCCAUGCGCUUGAACAACCACUGGCAAAACCAUCAGAAGGCUAAAGAAGAGAAAAUAAGAAAGAUUCAGCAUGACUGUGCAUUAAUGCUCAGGAAACUGAUAGCUAAGAGGAAGAAUUGGAUGGGAAAGCUAGAAAGACGAGAUAUCAUCAAAGAGUAUAAUGACUUUUCAUCAGAAACAUACGCUCCUUUGUCUCGAAUUGGUUUUUUCCCAGACAACAAUUCUGACUACUAUGCUAUAAAAACCUUCUAUCUUAACACCUUUGCAGGAUUGUGUGAACUGGAAAAAUCUGUCCAGCACUCUCUCUCCCAGUUCAAGAUUAAAGCUCCAAAACCUAAAUGCACUAUCACUAAGACUGGCUAUAUUAAAAGGUCAGGAAGACUAGAUGCAGUCCUGACACAAGUUCACCAGGCACUACUGGAGAAGAAGAAUAAACUCAAGGAGCCAAAGAAGCCUUCCCCUGUCUGUGAAAAAAUAGAAAGCCCUGUUCCUAAGCCACCCACUCUAAUCCUGGAAAAGCCAUCAAUUGAGGAAGAGGAAAUAGACCUGGCAGUGAUCUGUCUGCAGAAGUUGCUCCGAGGCAGGGCUCUUCAGAACAUGAUGUCUGAAGGGAAGGAGAAGCACCUGGAUCUGAUCCAAGAGCUGCGCACCACUCACGUGCUCCAGGAGGAUGGACAGCUGCUCUUGAAGGCACAGAAGCAAAUGACACUGUCUUUACAGCGACAGCAUGAGUCACAAAUGCGCCAGCUGUCAGCACUGGAAAGAGACUUGGCCACAGUAGAAGGAAGGACACUGGCGAACAUGCUUGAUUUUCUGUCCAAAGAGCUGGUGAGGCUGCAAGAAGAACGGAAGAACCAUGCUUUGGCCCUGCUGGCUCAGAGGCAGAGGCGGAUGCGGGAAGCGGAGGAGAGCGGACGGCGGCAGCUGGAAGAGAGCCAGCGGCAAGAGGAAGAUGAGCUUUUCAGACAGGUGGUGCAUAUUCAGGACAGAACUAUUGACACCUACUUGGAAGACAUAAUCCUGAGCAGUAUGGAGAGGACAGCUGAAGAGCAGGCCAGGGAAGAGGUUCAGAAAAGGGCUGUAGAAAUCAAUGACAUUGCUUACGAAAUGGAAAGUCGUCGAACUCGCCUACAGUCAGAAGAGAUUGUAGCAGAGCUGGUUUACAAUUUCCUGAUCCCAGAGGCUGAGAAAAACUUCAUGAGAGAAAGAGUGAGGCAGUCCCAAAGAAAACACAUCUAUGCUGCUCAUCAGAUCAUCCAUGGGGGCACAGAGAGGGCUCUGGCUGAUCUGGCACCGCAUGAGGAGGCAUCUGCCGCUGAGAGAGAGGAAGAUUCUCCUGCUGGGACAGCUGCUGGACCAAGUGCAGCUGACAGCACUCACCCUGCCACAGUUGCACAUGAACUUGGACAAGGAUUCCACAAGGAUCCUACAGCCUCCUAGGA